AUGUUUUCAAAUGUGGCUGGUGUGGUGCAAUCACGAAUCAGAAUCCAGUCAGACUUGAAACCAGAAGCUUUUGGUGGUGGGAUUUGGGCAGCGUAUCCAGUCGUGUUUUCGAUCAGCUUGGCUUGCGGGAUUUUCCAUUCUGUUAUAGCUGUGUCUAUGGCGAUAUUAACGUUAUCAACCUUCAUGGUUGUUGUUAUGUUUUUGGUGACAUUCUACAAUACAAGUGGAGCCUAA